AUGACAGCCAUUUGGCAUUGUGAGACGUGCCGUUGCUUGGGAACCUUUGAGGCUGAUCGGAUUUACACAUUGUAUGAGGUUCAGUAUAUGGGCCUCUUCGAUGGUGUACACCUCUUGCGCCUUCAGGCAGAUACAGUGGCAAUUCUCAGGCCACACCUCACCAGCGAGUCCUACCAUUCGGCCAAGGAUGUCUGUGCAGGUGUUGGGGGUAUGACUUCCGGCCUUCAGCAGAUUGGGGGAUGCAGCUUGGCUGUUGUCGAUUGCAACCGGCUUGCUUGCAAAGUGCUGAGAGAGAACUUUCCAGUGGUGGUGGAAGGUGACAUCGCUGAUCGUGACACACGCAUUAGGCUGCACAUGAUCUCCCCUGAGAUCCGCAGCAUGCUUUGUGCCGGCCUUCCUGCUAGCGGCCUUGUUUUGGAGGGUCCUGUGGACUUAGCAAAGCUGCCAUCCCUGCAGCAACUGCUGGGUGACUUUGCGACGCGAGCCGGCUUGCAACUGCACCAAACCACGCUGGACCUUGCCGACCAAUGGGCCUCAUCGCGGAUCCGUUGGUGGGCGGUCUUGCUACCGACAGACCUGCCUGUGACACAGUUUGGCAGUUGGCCAGUUCACUCACCAUCGAUUGUGGUGCAAGACGUCGUACCGGAGUGGCCGGUGUGGCCUGCCGAUGAGGAAGUUCGUACAUUGACAGCAUCGGGCCAAGCCCCGGCAGCAUUGCACAGUUGGGGCAAUGCCUUGCGACCCUGCCCGUGGUUUCUCAACACUUUGCCUCCCACCUUCAAGCUCCCGGUGGAACCUCGCGCGGCUCUGUGCCUGAUCGGCCAGCUCACGGCCCCACUGCAGGCUGUUUGGGUGUGGGCCUCUGUGACCCAGGCCACUGCGCCUUGCUUCGGGCUUUUGCCAACCGACCCGGCCCUUGAGAUCCAUCGCUUCAAAAGCCUGCUUCUGCAACAACGCCAGGACUUUUGGCUGCUGCCAUCCAUGGUCUCUGGAGGCCAGCUGUCUCUUUGUGAUGCCAGUGGGAUGCGAACUGAGGCCGCCACGGGGCCUGUGACGGUGCGACAACUUGCCUGUGCUGAGGCCACCCUGCUGCCCCCAGGCUUUAAGGUCCAGAUCUCGCUUCAUGGUCGUGUGCUGCCUCGUUCUGCAAGGCUUGCCUUUGCCCCUGCUGGGCCGGUGUACCAACUGAAUGUUCUGAAGAAGGCCGCUGCUCUGGCUGGCGAUACGCCUCGAGCAAUCACUUGCAUUGAGCCCUCUGCAGUUGCUGAUCAUAGCCCUUCGGUUUCAUUGACAGGCCCUUCGGAGCUGGUAGCUCUUCCUGCACAGCCUUUGUUGCCCUGCCCUUUGGAUGCACUGCAUACUGCUGCCGCUUCUGACUUUACCAUUUGGUACGGCCUUGAGUUGUGGACCAAUUCUCCACUUGCCUCUGGCAACUUCCGAUUGGUGCCUCCCUGUGCUGCGGAAACACUCCUGCAACUUCUUGGGGAAGACUUUCUACUUGAUCCGCCCACGGAGCCCGUGCUUCCUCAGGGGCCACAGAUUCUGAUUCCUUUUGUGUCAUGUGGACACUGGGCACUGCUGGUCCUCCUUGCUGGGCCAGCUGGCGUGGAAGCCACCCUCUGGGAUAGUAUUCCGGGUCAUUGCUCCAGCACGGCCCGGCUACUGGCACAGACCUUCUGCCAUCUUGACCAGGCGGCUCUUUUGUCGUUCGCAGUGCAGCACCAUUGGCUGCAAGAGGAGAGUUGGACUUGUGGGGCAUACGUUCUAGCCCAUGCUGCUGCACUUGUCUUGGGCCGUCCAGAAUCCACGCUGCUGGCCUGGGCUGUGGAUUUCUUGAUCAAGUUCCCUCCGCACUUGUCGGGUCUGCGCGGCCAGGGCGGGCUUUCUGCCGAGCAGGACAAAGAAUUGCAGGCACUUCUUGUCAGUAAGGGUGUACCGGUUGAGGAGGCAGCCAGUCGAGUGCAGGCUGCGAUUACAAAAGUCGGUGCAGGCCCCAUUGGCCAGGCGCUACAACAGCGCAACCCAUGGCAGGCAUUGAAGUCUUGUGCCUCAAAGCCCCAGAGCAUGUUUAAGUGGGUGCACACCGACGAGCUCCAGGCACACGUGGAGCAGCGAGCACAGACCAAAUUUGGGACCGAGAUCCCUAAAGCCAAGGCCAAGAAAAGUAAGGUGAGCAAACGCCCCACCCAAGCUCCCCUCCACAUCGAUCCGGCUCAGCUUCGCUUGUCCCCGGGAAGCUUUGCGGCAACAUCGGGGUCCCCGCUGGGCCAACUGUCUUUCGAGGAGGUCAAAGCCCAGGCUACAGGCAUUUGCUUCUGCUCGGUUGCACAGGCAUUGCCUUUUGUUGCACAUGCUCGGAACCUUUCCGUGGACCCCCUGGCUUUGGUGACCACUGCGGAAAUCCCUGAGGAACAUGCAGGCACCGCUCGACUGACACCAGUAAGGUACCCUGCUGUUUUCACUCCGACGCAGGAAGCUGUGCUUGUCACUGGGACAUUGGUCCAGCUGGGUGAUGAUAGUAUCCAGCUUGCCUCGACUGACAUCUCCGAGGUUGAGCACCUGGCUACGAUUGUGCGCAAAAUGUGCCUGUAUAAGGAUGAAACGGCCCUUCCUUGGGACAAGAUUGUGGAGGCUCCCAUCAGGCUUCUGUUGCAACAGCUUCCAGCGCUCCAGGUCUGUCGUGACCCCACUUGCAAUGGAGCCUGCACUGCUUUUCAUGCUGCUGUCGACGAGGUGCUCCGCACAACCGAGAAAGCCAUUGCUCUGGCCCGACUUGGCAAUCGGUAUGGACUCAGAACCAAGGAACCAGACGAACAAGCAGUGUUCGAGGCAAUGCGGCCCCAACAUCAAUUCAUGAAAAUCCGCGUGCAGGCACACUAUCGGCUGCAUCCUUUGCCCCACGGCCUUCAAAGGACUGCGCUUGUGCAGCUACUCCGGCAAUGGAAUUGGACUUGCAAGCCUCUUCAGCCAGACCGCGGCGACUCGGCAGGUGCGGCAUGGCUCGUUGGGGCCGCCGAGGAUCCGCCAGCUCCAGCUUUGUCUUUGGGUGCCGACUUUGUCUUGGCUACUAAGGUUCGUGAGGUAGGAGCUGCCAACCGCCCACCAGUGCAGCCAGUCUAUGCCUCGGCUCGUACCAAGAAGGCCAUCCUCCUUGAUGAUGAUCCGGAUGUGCUCGCGGAUCCCUGGGCUGGUGGCCUGGACCCUUGGUCCACGGCCAAAACUUCUGUGUCGGCUCCUUCCCAGGCUGCCUCAUCUUCUUCAGCAGCAGUCACGAAGCUGACCCAAAUACAAGAUGAUCUUAAGCAGAGCCUUCAGGAGGUAGUCCGCAAGGAAGUUGCAGCUCAGCAGCCAUCGGGGCCCCCCCCGGGGUUGUCUGAACAUGAUCAUCGGCUGCACCAGCUAGAAGUUGGUCUUACGGAGCUGAAGCAUCAGAACACGAAGUUUGAAGGUCUCUUUCAAACCUUUGGGACCAAGGUUGCGGAUCAAGCCAAGCAGCUUGAAGGACUGGCUGGCACAGUCAAUGAACAACAUCGCGAGCUCACUAAGGUCAAAACCGAGCUCCAAGCUUCUGUGCAAAGCGCUGUGCUGGGUUUGCAGACUGAACUUUCUACACAGAUGUCAGCCCAAUUGGGCGGGCCGGCUCUCCAUUCCUGCCUGCGUUUUCUUGUGCUUUUCUUCAUGGCCUUUGGUACACUGGCCGAUGCCGCCGGUUGCCUUCUGCCAUCUUCCAGUGCACUGCCCUGUGAUCGGGUUCGCCAGGCGUGCUCUGAUAAUCUCUACUUUGGCCCGAUGGUCUCUCGCAUCGGCGAGGCGGCCCAUCCUGGACCUGCCGCCUCUACUGAGGUCUUCAACAUCAGUGUUUCAAACCCAUCUGGCUUGCGUGGCAAGGAGGCCCUCUACGAGCAACUUGCCGCUCACCCCGGCUCCGCCCGAUAUGCAGGCAUCCAUUGCUAUGCCGAAACUCAGCUAUCAGCUGUUACCAUGCCGGGAUCCUGUGCUCGCUUCCGCCAGAUUGCCAAAGCUUUGGGCCACCAGGCCCGCACAAUUGCUGGGGCACCGGCCCCGCUACGAACAAACAGCUCCUGGGCCGGUGCAUGGACAGGGGUCCUUCAGGUUUCAAGCUUGCCGUGCCGGCCUUUCCAACUGCCUUGGAGCCCUGGCUUGUACGAAACUGGCCGAUUGGUUUUGGCCUGCCACUACCACCACGCGAUUCCUCUCCGCGUCGCCACUGUCUACGGCUAUGCACCAGGCAAUACCUGGCCGAAUGCCAAAGCCGAUACAGAUAGUAUGCUCAGCUUCCUUACUCGGGAGCUUGUUUUGGGAGCCCGUGGCUUUAGAGUCAUCUGUGGUGACUUCAACCAUGCUUUUGACAGCUUAGACCAAUGCGCAGUGUGGCGCCGACACGGCUGGAUCGAGCUCCAAUGUUUGGCCGAGCGCCUUUGGGGCACACCUCCCAAGCCGACUUGCAAAGCAGCUACUCGCCACGACUACAUUUGGCUUUCGCCUGAGGCUGCCGCCUGCCUUGUACAAGCAUCGGUUGUUGACGUUUUUCAGGAGCAUUCAACAUUAAUUGCUGGGUUCGAGCUCCCUCGCUCUACUGCCUUGGAGCGUACCUGGCCUUUGCCCUCGGAAAUCCAGUGGAAAAGUGUGGACGUCGGUGCCUGGCACCGAAUGGGGGACCAUACUCCCGUGGAUGCUCCGACUUCAACCCAAUGGUUCGCUGGCUUUUCGCAUGCUGUGGAGCGCAGCCUUCAAGGUUUCGCCCCCGAUAUGUACGGCGACCAUAUUCCUACGGCUUGUUUUGGCCGGGCCAAGCGCUUGAAACCUCAAUCUGUCCGCAAUGCCUGCCGAAUUCCCAAAUCUAGCAGGCCAGGCGAGGAACAGAGGCAGCAUGAUGGCCUCUGCCUCGAAGUUACCCGCUGGUUCCAGCAGCUGCUCUGCCUCAGCCUUGGAAUAUCGAUCUUCUCUUUGGGGCUCCAUCUGCUCUGCUCGUGGCUUCCGUGGCGGAUUUCUACGGUGGUGGCCCAACACCGCCUCGUGGGCAGCCCCAACCUCCUGCCCUCAGCGGUCCCAGACCUCCAAACAGCUGUUUGUGUCUUUGAGGACUUCCGCUGCAAUUUCCGACACCUUGAGAGUUGGCACCUUCAGAAUCGAAGCCGGAUCCUCCAAAGCAAGUACGAUGCUUCCAUGGCCCAGGUCUUUCAUGAAUUGCGCGACCCUGCCCCGGAACAGGUGGACACCUUGACGUUGUCCCGUGAAUAUGCCAUUUUGGCAUCCUCGCCUUCGGGUGACCAUUUGCACCUGGAAUCUUCCCUUGACCUCCGAGGAACCUCCACCUGGACUGUGGAUGGCGCCCCUGUGGAGAUCCUCUCCCAUGAUGAUGUUGUGUGCACCUUGUCCACUGCAAUCCCCGGUGUUCCGGAGCGCCUUGAGCAAACACAGGUGCUUUCUGCCGUUUCCGAUAUACACCACGAAUUCACAAGUUUGUGGGCCUCCCGGUGGCAAAAACAUGCCAACCAUACGGCCUCCCAUUGGCAGCGAUUCUUGGAUUUUGCUACUGCAUUUCUCCCCCGAUACUCCCUUUCCCUGCCGGCAAUCACAUGUGAAAUGUGGCUCCGUGCCGUCCGCCGCUUCAAGCCCAGAGCCGCUCGUGGCCCAGACGGUUGGGCCAAACAGGACUUGUUGCUGAUGCCUCCGGCUCGUGUUGAGCAGCUCCUUGCCUUUUUGGCAGAGCUGGAGGCGGACUCCCGUCCUUGGCCACAACAGAUGGUCACUGGCUUUGUCUGCCUUCUUUGCAAGGGCAACGGUCGUACUGAUGUGCACGGCUUUCGGCCGAUCUGCUUAUACUCGAUUGUCUAUCGGACUUGGGCGGGGUUGCGCUCCCGCCAAAUCCUGCGCCUCCUUCGCUCUCAGCUCCCUGACGACUUGCACGGGUUUGUCCCAGGCCGUGAAGCUGCAUCGCUGUGGUAUGGCAUUCAAGCCGAGAUCGAGAUUUCUGUUCAAGGUGAUGCCCCGCUGCUGGGGGUUUCCACGGAUAUCAUAAAGUGCUUCAACAACCUGCCUCGGCUCCCAUUGCUGGCGGUGGCGGCUCGCGCCGGGGUGCCGUGGAGUGUUCUGAAUCCGUGGGCUUCUUUCCUCCAGCAGACUGAGCACAGGAUCGUCAUCAGAGGUCAGGUCAGUGAGCCGAUACGGUCUACCUCCGGAUUUCCCGAAGGAUGCCCCUUAAGCCCACUUGCAAUGUUGCUGGCGGACUUUGCCUACCACACUUAUAUGCAGGUGUUCGCGCCGCAGGUUCGUGCAAUGAGCUAUGUUGACAAUCUGGUCAAUCUUGCUGUCACACCGGCCGGCCUUGCUUCUGGCUAUCAGGCUACUCAAUGCUUCAUGGAUCUGUUAGAGUUGGAGCUCGAUCAGCCAAAGACUUAUAGCUGGGCAACGACACCAUCAGAUCGUCGCGCUUUGCUGGCCCUCGGCCCCGCGGUCCUUGAGCAUACUCGCGAGCUGGGUGGUUACCUGGCAUUUGGCCCCAAGACUCGCAAUGCUGCCUUAGUUGAUCGUUGUGAGGCCUUGGCUCCUGUUUGGGCCGCUCUCAAAAGAUCCCGCGCCCCGACCCACCUGAAGCUUCGGGCACUUGCUGGCAAAUGUUGGCCACGUGCUCUACAUGGCAUCUCUGGGUGUCCCCUUGCUGCUGGACGCCUCACGCAUCUCCGUGCACAGGCUACUGGUGCUCUUCGCAUCCGCCCUGGAGGUGUCAGCUCUUUGCUUCGGCUUUCGAUUGCUCAACCUAUGUGUGCCGACCCUGGCUUCUACGAGCUUUGGACCAGCAUUUGCGACCUUCGUCGCCUGGCGGGGAAGCUUUCGGGUUUCCUUUGCCGGUGGAGACAAUUCAUGAUGUUUUUCGAUGGUCGCUCGCUUCCCGGACCCUUUACAAAACUGCUACAGGUCUUGUCCCGGAUUGGAUGGUCAGUCCAGCGGCCGCCCCUUGUGACGGACCACGAAGGGUUGGUGCUCGACUUACUUGCUGCACCACAAUUGCUGCUCCGUCACCGGCUCGAGCAUGGUUGGUUGCAAUUUGUGGCCUUUGCCCAUCGACACCGCGAUACUAUGCGGGACCUCUCGGGUAUUGAGCCUUCUCUUUUGCAUGCCGACAUCGACUCUUUGACGCCGGUCAACGCCGCUAGAUUAGCUUCCCUUCGAGCUGGUGCGUUCAUCUUCGGACACCAGCAGGCCAAGUUCGACGUCACACAGACUGGCUUCUGUGAGCUGUGUUUGGUGCCGGAUGAUGCCGAGCACCGGGUAUGCAGUUGUCCCAGAUUUUCGGAUAUUCGACGCUCACAUGAAUGGGUAUGUGAGAUGUGGCCUCGAUUGCCCAUCAGCUUCACGCACCAUUUGUUGCCUCCUGCGAACCCGCAUCUGUCUCGAGUGCGGUCACAGUUACACAACUUGGUUGAUGAUUCUGGAGUCUUUUUCUGUGAGGGAUUCGGGAUUGGUUGGCAGCACCUCUUCACCGAUGGUUCCUGUUCGGACCCUGGUAGUCCGGAUCUUGCAUUGGCAGCUUGGGGCGUGGUACAUGCGGGCCUGGCUCGGCCUGUUGCUUGCGGCCAUGUUCCUGGUUUGUUGCAGACGGCACCCAGGGCCGAGAUUUGGGCGAUGAUCUCGGCCGUCCGUUGGGCUCUUGAGUAUCGGCUUCCCUGCAUUGUAUGGUCUGAUUGCCAGAACGUGGUCGACAGUGUGGAUGAGCUUUUGGCGGGCUCCUCUUUGGACCAUUGCGCGGACGACGACCUCUGGCGCAUUUUGGCCGGGCUUCUGCAGCAACUGGACGGUAACCAAUUCCUGGUCCGACAUGUUCCUUCACACUUGGAUCAAACACUCACUGAAGGCCCCUUCGAGGAUUGGGUGGCAGUUAAUAACGACCAUGCCGACACUCUGGCUGUUUUUGUCAACAACAACAGGUCUGUGGAGUUCACGGCUACCUACAGUGCGGCGCUGGAAUUUCAUCAACAAACCUUGGCACAACAGCGAGCCCUCACCGCCAUCUAUCUGGGCAUUGCGGAAGCUUGUGAUUCCCGGCUCUCGUCGGGCCAUGUGGAGGAUGACAUGCACGAGGCGACGGAGCCAUCGGAGCUACACUCGGUUCCCAGGCGUUGUGACUUGGAAGAGCUUGUUCCGAUCGGAUGGAAAGAUGUAGUGACACUGACACCAAGUGAUCUGCCAACUGAUUUUGUUAUCCAGGUCUGCCAGGCACUUUUUGUACAGGACGCCAAGGCUUGCCAUGCUUAUGCUAUUUCGUGGCUCGAACUGGUUUUUCUUUUUCAUGUUUUAGAGGGUCUGGUGUAG